AUUCGGCAGGAGGACCGCUACAAGACCACGUUCAAGACGCGAUAUGGGAAUUUUGAAUGGCUGGUUAUGCCAUUUGGCCUUACGAAUGCCCCGACCACUUUCCAAGCGGCUAUGACAAUGGAGUUCCGACACAUGCUGGAUCGAUUCGUACUUAUCUACCUCGACGACACAUCUUGGUGUACAACCGGAGUUUGGACGAGCAUGUGGAACACCUGCGCACCGUUUUGGAGCGGCUACGACAAGCCAAGUACAAAGCCAACCGCGACAAAUGCGAAUUCGCGCGGCAGGAGCUGGAGUACUUGGGACAUUAUGUGACGCCGCAUGGCAUCCGUCCGCUUGCGGACAAGAUCGAGGCCCUCCGCGUAUGGCCCGAGCCCACCAACACCACGGACGUUUGUUCAUUCAUGGGGUUGACAGGCUACUAUCAGCAAUUCAUCACCAGAUACUCGAGGAUUGUCGCACCUAUGACGAGAUUACAAUCACCACAAGUGCCAUUCGUAUUCGAUGACAACGCACCCCGGUCAUUCCAAGCACUCAAGACGGCCAUGAGCAUGGCACCCGUCCUUAGCAUCUAUGACCCCACUCUGCCUACAAGAGUGACAACUGACGCUUCCGGCUAUGGCAUUUGGACAGUCUUGGAACAACACGACGGCGAUGACUGGCACCCUGUGGAGUAUUUCAGCCACAAAGUGCCUCCCAUAAACUCGCUUGAUGAUGCAAGGAAGGAGUUGCUCGCGUUCGUGAUGGCUCUCAAGCGAUGGCGUCACUUCCUCCUUGGGCGUCGAAGGUUCACAUGGGUCACGGACAACAACCCAUUGACCUACUACAAGACGCAGGAUACGGUGAGCAGCACGAUCGGACGAUGGAUGUACUUCAUCGACCAAUUUGACUUCACACCGAAACAUCUCCCCGACCUCUCCAAUCGCGCAGCAGAUGCACUCUCGCGAAGACCUGAUCUUUGCGCUAUGAAACAUCAUGCCUUCGCAUUCGACGAGGAACUCCAGCAACACUUCAUCCGGGGCCAUGAGUCGGAUCCAGACUUCGCCACGUUGUAUGCGCAACUAUCUUCGGAUCMCCCGCCAGCCAGCCACUAUCGCAUUGCCGACGGGUACUUGCUCCUCCACUCGAGAGGCAAGGACUUAUUGUUUUGUCGACGAAGCAAGCCCCGCAAUUGCAAUCCCUACGGCGAGUUGCGCCCGAUGCCUAUCCCAUGGGAACCCGGCCUCUCCAUUGCCAUGGAUGUCACCGGACCAGUUCCCCGCGAUUGCCUCGGGCACGACGGCAUCCUCACGGUUGUGGACCGUUUGAGUAAGUAUGAGUGUUUUCUCCCUUGCAAGUACUACUCCACGGCUUCCGAGCUGGCACGCCUCUUGCACACCGGUUGGAUUUGCGGCCACGGUGUACCGGAAGACAUAGUCAGCGACCGCGACACUCGCUUCAUGUCGACAUUUUGGACUGCUCUCAUGCAGGAGUCCGGCACAACAAUGAAACCAAGUUCGGCUCGGCAUCCACAGACGGACGGGCAAACGGAGCGGGCACAUCAAACCGCUCAAAUGAUGCUUCGUACGCUCAUCCGUCCGGACCAGAAAGAUUGGGUUGACCGCCUCCCCGACAUCGAGUUCGCCUACAACACUUCGGUGCACCCGGCGAUCGGCGUGACUCCAUUCGAGUUGCACCACGGUGGACGGAAAGGCCGUAUCUUCGCCGACCUUCUCCUCCCACGACCAGCCGACAUCGACGCCGCUUGCUCUCCUGCUUCCGGCCGAAAGUACAAGGAAUUGUUGGCUCAAGCCCGCGCAAAUAUGCAAAAGGCUCAAGUCCGCAUGCAGCAGCAAGCCAACAGGCGUCGCGUGCCAUGUCCCAUCCGUGCCGGUGAUCUGGUUUGGGUCUCUCCGGAAGAGUUUGCAUUGGAAUAGGAUGUUUCACGCAAACUGCUUCCCAAGUGGUUUGGACCGUGGCCCGUAACAUCA